GUUGGUUUUUUGUUGAUUGUCUUUGACCCCUCACCUACUUUGUUUAUUUAGCAUCUUCUUCAUACUUCCAACUUGUGCAUAGUUUUCUUCCCAAAACACUAAGAAAAGAAAACAAAAGAGAGCCAUGGGAAAAAAGUUUGAUGCGCUAAUUGGCCGGAAAUUUAAAACCUCUAAGCUUAAAACCACCCUAAACCUUGCCAUCUCCCGGCUCUCACUACUCAAAAAGCAUCGCCUUGCAAGGUUUACCAUCGCCCGCUCUGAUAUCAUCCAACUCCUCCGCCUUAACCACCACCAACAAGCCCUCCUUCGGGUUGAGCAAGUGAUCAAGGACCAAAACAUAUUGGAUGUGUAUGACAUGAUACAUGGCUAUUGCAAUCUCCUCAUACAAAGGAUCAACUUCAUAGAACAAGCCAAUGAAUGUCCAAAAGAAUUGGAAGAGGCGGUAUCAAAUCUAUUAUAUGGGGCUCCAAGAUGUGGGGAGUUUCCGGAACUUCAAAAGAUUCGUGAGAUUUUAACAAGUCAUUUUGGAAAGGAAUUCGCUGAGGGUGCUAGCGAGUUACGUAGAAACUGUGGAGUUAGUCAAAUAAUGAUACAAAAACUGUCACCCGCACAAUCGACUUUGGAGUGCAGAAUGAAGAUACUUACGGAUAUUGCCAAAGAGAAUGGUAUAAUUUUGCAACUAGAUAUAUCUACUCCCGAAAUAAGAAAGGAGAAAGUGGUGGUGGAAAAGAAAAUUGAAAAGCAAAUGAGUUUCUCUGAGGCAAAAAAUUAUAAAGAAGCAACAGAUGUUGCACAAGAUGCAUUUGAAUCAGCGGCUUAUGAUGUAAUUGCCGCCAGAGCAGCGGUGGAACUUGCUCGCAGAGCAACGGUGGAACUCGCUCGCUCAGAGUCAUUUGUUUCUGAUGGUUCGGAUUCAAACUCAGACGUAAAUGAAUUAUUUCAUUCUGCUAAAGAUUAUAUUAUUUCACAAGGACAGCAAGUAAACAUAGAAAAUAAGCUAAAUUCUACAAGGAUCAAACGAUUGAAUAGGCAAUAACCGGUGGAAGUAGCUUAUCAUUUUUCGCAAGGUUUUUUUUUUCUAUUUAUGGUGGUAAUUAAAUGCUUUUUGGUAUCUAAAAAUAUAGGAAAUUUUACAGUUUGGUAUUUUGUUGGAAUUCAGGAUGUUUUGUAAAGCUUGAAAUAGAAAAUAUUCAACAUUGCAUUUUUACUAUUAUUAUUAGGUUUAUUUGUAAUAGCACAUGUAUAUUUUAGAAUUAUUAUAAUUGUAUCUUUUGAUUUAGUCUUUUAGUCAAAUACUCUUAGCGUUUGAAUAGGAGAGAAUAUCUCUCAUUCAACAACUCUUUCCUUGUAUAUAUGUUAUUGUAUAUUCGUGAGUUUCAUAUACAGAG